GCGACAGCCGGCCCGCGGGCCCCGAGGUGCGCCUGCGAGGCGCGAGCGCGCGUCCGGAAAGCGGCCAGGCUGCAGGCGCGGGGCGGGCUGCUUUGCAUUAUGUGCGGCUCGGCCCUGGCUUUUCUUACUGCUGCAUUUGUCUGCGCGCAAAACUGCCGGCAAGGUCCUGCCUCCUUUCUCCGGGCGGCCUGGGUGUUUUCACUUGUUCUUGGACUGGGCCAGAGUGAAGACAAUCGAUGUGUCUCUUCAAACGCAGCAUCAUGUACCCGCUGCCUUGAGCUGGGUCCAGAGUGCGGAUGGUGUGUUCAAGAGGAUUUCAUUUCAGGUGGAUCAAGAAGUGAACGUUGUGAUAUUGUUUCCAAUUUAAUAACCAAAGGCUGUUCAGUGGAGUCUAUAGAAUACCCAUCUGUACGUGUCACAAUACCCAGUGAAGAUGAAAUUAAUACCCAGGUGACACCAGGAGAAGUAUCAAUCCAACUGCGUCCAGGAGCUGAAGCUAAUUUUAUGAUGAAAAUUCAUCCUCUGAAGAAGUAUCCUGUAGAUCUUUAUUAUCUGGUUGAUGUAUCAGCAUCAAUGCACAAUAACAUAGAAAAAUUAAAUUCUGUUGGAAAUGAUUUAUCUAGAAAAAUGGCAUUUUUCUCCCAGGACUUCCGCCUUGGAUUUGGCUCUUAUGUUGAUAAAACUGUUUCUCCAUACAUCAGCAUCCACCCAGAGAGGAUCCAUAAUCAAUGCAGUGACUACAACUUAGACUGUAUGCCUCCCCAUGGAUAUAUCCAUGUACUAUCUCUGACAGAAAACAUUACUGAGUUUGAAAAAGCAGUUCACAGACAAAAGAUCUCUGGAAAUAUAGAUACUCCUGAAGGAGGUUUUGACGCCAUGCUUCAGGCAGCCGUCUGUGAGAGUCAUAUUGGAUGGAGAAAAGAAGCUAAAAGAUUGCUGCUGGUGAUGACAGAUCAGACAUCUCAUCUUGCUCUUGAUAGCAAAUUGGCAGGGAUAGUGGUGCCAAAUGAUGGAAACUGCCAUCUGAAAAACAAUGUCUACGUCAAAUCAACAACCAUGGAACAUCCAUCACUAGGUCAACUUUCAGAAAAACUAAUAGACAACAACAUUAAUGUCAUUUUUGCAGUUCAAGGAAAACAGUUUCAUUGGUAUAAGGAACUUCUACCCCUUUUGCCUGGCACCAUUGCUGGUGAAAUAGAAUCAACAGCUGCCAACCUCAACAAUUUGGUAGUAGAGGCCUAUAAGAAGCUCAUUUCAGAAGUGAAAAUUCAAGUGGAAAACCAGGUACCAGGCGUCUAUUUUAACAUAACUGCCAUCUGUCCGGACGGGGCCCGCAAACCAGGCACGGACGGAUGCAGAAAUGUGACCAGCAAUGAUGAAGUUCUUUUCAACGUAACAGUUACAAUGAAAAACUGUGAUGUCACAGGAGGAAACAACUACGCAAUAAUCAAACCGAUUGGUUUCAAUGAAACCACUAAAGUUCAUAUACACAGAAGCUGCCGGUGUCAGUGUGAGGACCACAAAAGGCCAAAAGGGAGGUGCGUAGAUGAAGCUUUUCUUGAUUCCAAGUGCUGGCAGUGUGAUGAGAGUGACUGUCAUUUGGGAGAAGAUGGAUUUCUGUCUGAAAGUUGCAAGUCAGAAAAGGAGCAACCAGCCUGCAGUGGUCGAGGAGUUUGCAUCUGUGGGAAGUGCUUAUGUCACAAAACUAAACUCGGAAAAGUUUAUGGAAAAUACUGUGAAAAGGAUGAUUUUUCUUGUCCCUACCACCAUGGAAAUCUGUGUGCUGGGCAUGGCGAGUGUGAAGCCGGAAAAUGCCAGUGCUUCAGCGGCUGGGAUGGGGACCGGUGCCAGUGCCCGUCCGCAUCAGCUCAGCAGUGUGUCAAUUCAAAGGGCCAGGUGUGCAGCGGAAGAGGCACGUGUGUGUGCGGCAGGUGCGAGUGCACGGAUCCCGGGAGCAUCGGCCGCUUCUGCGAACACUGCCCCACCUGCCACACCGCCUGCAGUGAAAACUGGAAUUGUAUGCAAUGCCUUCACCCUCACAAUCUGUCUCAAGCUGGCCUUGCUCAGUGUAAAACCUCAUGUGCUCUCCUGGAUCAGCAUUAUGUUGACCAAACAUCAGAAUGUUUAUCCAGCCCAAGCUACUUAAGAAUAUUCUUCAUCAUAUUCAUAGUUACUUUCUUGAUUGGGUUGCUUAAAGUCCUUAUCAUUAGGCAGGUGAUACUGCAGUGGAAUAGUAGUAAAGUUAAGUCCUCAUCCGAUUACAGAGUGUCCACCUCAAAAAAGGAUAAGCUGAUUCUGCAGAGUGUUUGCACAAGAGCAGUCACCUACCGACGUGAGAAGCCCGAAGAAAUCAAAAUGGAUAUCAACAAAUUAAAUGCUCAUGAGACUUUCAGGUGCAACUUCUAGAAAAAGACUUUAGAAAUACUUUGUGAGAAACUGGAUUUUUAAAUAAUUGCUCCUAAAAAAUAUUAAGCAUAAAAGUCACGAGAGGAAGCAAAUUAUUCAAGAUCAUGCCAACUGCUGGUUGCAUAUUUGAAUGAAGACUGACACACAUCCUCUUUGCCAUGUGACUCACACAGCUGCUGAAUUUUUCUGAGAAAAAAAAUGUGUCUUACUACUGUUUUGAGACUAGUGUCAUGUAGCACUUUACUGUAAUAUAUAACUUAUUUAGAUCAGCAUAGAAUGUAGAUCAUCUGAAGAGCACUGAUUACACUUUACAGGUACCUGUGAUUCCUGCGCUUCCUAGAGAGACACAAUGUUUUUGGACAGGUUAGCAGUGUGUCACUACAAAGGCGCAGCAGCAAUCCCUGCCCUGAACAUGCGGAUGAAAGAAUAACCCAGCAGUUACAUGCUAAAAUUGCCAAACCCUGCAACUAUUGGCAGUGAUUAGCCAAGAAUGCUAGACUAGUUCAGGGGGUGAACAGAUAGAACCUUAAUCUUAAGGGAUAUUGCUUGUGAAACUAUGUGGUUUGAUGCAUGUGUUUAUGUGGUUUUUUUACAAAAUGGUUACUAAUUCCAACAGUCUCUCUUGUUUGCAUUUACACUUUGUUUUUAUUCCUUCCAGGAUAAGUUUAUAUAUGUCACACAUGACUGGAUUAAAUAAGUGCUAAGGUACUACUGCCAUAAACCUGUAAUACAAUGUCACUUUAUUAGAAUAACUGGUUUUAAAAGUUGAAUGUUAAGAAGGACACUGUAAAAGAUCAUCUGAACAUGAAUAGCUUCAGUAUUUAAAGAUGUGGUAUCUUCUUACCUGGUAAACUGGAUGGAUUGUUUCUUCAUUUCAUUAGUCUAAUGUAUAAGUUGAAAUUUACAAGACAAUGAGAAACUGCCUCAAGCAAAGUCCCACACUUGUGAAUGAGUUUCCUAAGAUUAGCUCCAAGUAGAUAUACAAUGUUUCUAAUGAAAAGCUAUACAUUUUGGGUUUUGCCCUUCAGUGCAACCUAAAGAUAUUCUUUCUCUGAACUCAUCCUAACCUGGCCCAUCAGAUUUCAUAAAAGAAUAAAAUUGGAGGAGAAAAAGUGAUGUCUUCGAAAUAAGCUAGUUUUCCCUUAGUAAGGGAACUGAAGCUUAGUAAGUUUAAAUGAUUUCUCAAAGAAACAUCCAAGUGAUGAAAUGGCAGCAUUAGGGUAACAGUUUAUGUCUUCUAAUUGUGAGCCAGUACUCACUGCACAAUAGCAUGCUACCUCUUGAAUCUUUUCAGUACUCAAUUGGCAAAGUUUUUAAAUGUGACUUACUGCUAUCGUAAGUAUGUGGGUAUGAGACCAUUUCAAAGCAAGGUAGAGAAGAACCAUCCAAACUCAACUGUCCGUAAUUGACUUCCAGUCUUUCCUGCUAAUUAGCAGCAUGGCAUAACACAGGGGAAUCUCUUCACACUAGAGCCCAUGAAUAGCGCUCCCUGGAGUUGCGCUCUGCUCAGCUCCAGACUUCGCUAAGAAGGCCUGUGAGCCCUAACUUCUCCAAAGGAAACUCCUUCACAUACCACACUGUAGAUACCUAUUCAGUCGAAGUUUAUUGACUAGCAAUCCAACUGUCCUGUGUGAAGUACAGUUUUACCUAAGACAGCAAAGGAAAUUAUUUCAAAUUUCUUCCUAAAAAUAUCUUCCCAGAGUUGCUGUCUUCCAGCAUUUGAGUGAAUUUUCUACAGGAAAACUAAUCUCCACCCUGUAUUCUGCCCUAGGAGAGCUGAAAGUAAUGUAAGUUGCUCUGAUGCUAAGGGACACAGCAGCUCUGCUGACUCUCCUCUACAGCUAGGGGCUAUAAUGAUGCUAAAUUGAACAUAAUUUCCUUCCCCAAACAAAAGGUUGGAGACAUUGACUUAUUUCUAUAGUGUGAACUUGUGUAAAAAUACUUUGGUUACUGAUGAUGAUGUAAACAUGGUAUUUUGUAGCGAAACACAUCUAAGCAUCCUUCUAUGAAUACCUAGAUGAAUGGAUGCCUGCGAACACACCAAAACAAAACAUUUGAAGCUAUGUAUUAUUCAAAAUGCUGACAAUUUAAAAAUUAAUAUUACAGUGUUUGUGAACAAUAAAUUACUCUAAGGAAUGAGCAAAACAGCAUAAUAAAAUGAAAUCCUUAGA